GAAGGAGAAGACGAGGUCACGUGAUCCCCUGCGCACUAACUUCCGGCUUGUGUGUGUAGUGAAGUCAUGUAGCAGAGCAGGCGGAGAGAUUAUAACCCUGUAGUGUGUGAGAGUGUGUAAAUGAGUGUAUAAAUGAGUGUGUAGGUGUGUGUAGGUGUGUGUUACUCCUCUCCUGAGCUGUGCGUGUGUGUGUAAAUGAGUGUGUAGAGGUUUACGUGCUUUAAAGUUGAGAUUAGUUUAGAGAUUAAACGUUAAACAUGUCGGUGCAGCACAGCGCAGAGAGCCUGGCCGGCUCCGGGGCCAAUCUUCAUCAUCCUCAUCAUCCUCAUCAUCCUCACCCUCAUCACCUUCCUCUUCCUCAUCAUCAUCAUCCUCACCUUCCUCAUCAUCCUCACCUUCCUCAUCCUCAUCACCUUCCUCAUCCUCAGCUCCGUAAAGAGGAGGAUUUGUGUAAAGAUGGUCUGGGUUACGGUGUAGAGGAGGAAGAGGAAGAGGAAGAGGACAGUGAGGAGGACAUUUCACCUGCACAGGACAACGACAAACCCAAAAUCCUGCUGAUGGGCCUCAGGCGCAGCGGCAAAUCCUCCAUACAGAAGGUUGUCUUCCACAAGAUGUCCCCCAACGAGACGCUGUUCCUGGAGAGCACUAAUAAGAUCUACAAAGACGACAUCAGCAGCAGCUCCUUCGUUCAUUUUCAGAUCUGGGAUUUCCCGGGGCAGGUGGAUUUCUUCGACCCCACGUUUGAUUAUGAGAUGAUUUUCAGAGGCACCGGAGCGCUUAUCUUCGUCAUCGACGCACAGGACGACUACAUGGAGGCUCUGGGAAGGCUGCACCUCACCGUGUCCCGCGCCUACAGAGUCAACCCCGACAUCAACUUCGAGGUGUUCGUGCACAAGGUGGACGGUCUUUCAGACGACCACAAGAUCGAGACGCAGAGAGACAUCCACCAGAGAGCUAACGACGACCUGACAGACGCCGGCCUCGACAAACUGCACCUCAGCUUUUACUUGACCAGCAUCUACGACCACUCGAUAUUUGAGGCAUUCAGUAAAGUGGUGCAGAAGCUCAUCCCUCAGCUGCCCACGCUGGAGAACCUCCUCAACAUCUUCAUAUCGAACUCAGGGAUUGAGAAGGCGUUCCUGUUUGAUGUGCUCAGUAAGAUCUACGUGGCCACAGACAGCUCUCCCGUGGACAUGCAGUCGUACGAGCUGUGCUGCGACAUGAUCGACGUGGUCAUCGACGUCUCCUGCAUUUACGGGCUGAAGGAGGACGGCAGUGGCACUGCGUAUGAUAAAGACUCUUUGGCCAUCAUUAAGCUGAACAACACCACUGUGCUCUACCUGAAGGAGGUCACCAAGUUCCUGGCGCUGGUGUGUAUCCUGAGAGAGGAGAGCUUCGAGAAGAAAGGUCUGAUAGACUACAAUUUCCACUGUCUGAGGAAGGCCAUACACGAGGUAUUCGAGGUGACCGUCGUCCGGAGGAGCUGCUUAGAUGAUCAGCUCGACUCUCCUGGCUGCAGCAGCAGCGCUGUUAAAGCUCCGGUGCUCAACGGCACCCCUAGAGGCCGGAUGUGACAUCACAGGGGGCGGGGUCUUCCUCAGGAGGGGAGGGGCUUCUAAACUGAGGAGAAUACAUGGGCUUUGGGUGUGUCUGCUUCUUGGAGGAGAGCGGGACCUGGAGCAGGUUUAAAGGGUGAACUCUGAAUCUGCACUGCUUCAUUAAACUGUGUGUGUGUGUGUGUGUGUGUGUGUGUGUGUGUGUGCGCGCGCGCCUGUGUGUGCCGAGAUGUCUGUGAUUUGUUCAACCAUUCGCAUCGCUCUUAAAGGGGAACUUCCUACUAAAAAAAUUGUACCACAGAUCUAUUCAAUCUACAUUCACACUGGAGCUUCAAGGCUAUUAUAGCGAACAGUUAAGGGAAAACUAAGAGAAAAAUCUUGUUCCUUUUUUUGAGAAAACGCAGCGAAGAUUUCUGUGAGUUGUUACGAAGUGUUUAGGGUUAACGAGCGUUUUUACACCUCGCAGUAAUCGUAGCCUUUCACACUCACCUCGUCCUGGGAAAAUUCCCGAUGUCUGACUAUUUUUCCAGACUCACUGCUAAUUCAUUUAUUCCACACGGACACAGGAAUAAAAAUAUUUCCUUUAAUCGACAUUUUCCGAAAGACAUUGCGAUAUAAUCACAUGUAUAAACAUACGAUUUUAUCUCUGUUUACACCCUUAAGCUGAGAAACUUCUGGAAAUAUUUCUAUUCCUGUGCCUGGGAUAAGGAAACGUGGGUGUGUUUGUAGACUCGCUGCUCAUUCGUUUAUCCCAAGCAGAAGAAUUUCCGGAAUUUUCUCUGUUUAAAAGUGUGGAUCGGGAGACAACACUACAUUUCCGAUUACGACAAAUUGCGUGAACUUUCAAAAUUAAAUCGUUUAUGAUUAGUGUUGCUUAAAUCGACAUUUAAAAUAAUGAUGUGAUUGAUCAGAGGCUUAUUUACAUUUGCAGGUGUGUAUGAAAUAUCGCAAUAUUGAUAACAAACGAUAUAUCGUGCAACCAUACGUUCUGCGUAAAAUGCUGGAAUCUUUUACCGCAAAAAUGUCACACCUGUAGCAUGUCUGCAGCUACGUUUAGUUCGGUGUCUACUUCUUUAGUUUAGAACCUGAGCUACGAGGCUAAUGUAGCUGGGCGUCUGUAGCCUCCAGUUCAUUAUAAGGAAGUGAUGUAUGAUGGGAAAACAUGUUCGUUUACGAAAAAAGACCUCUCACACUGUCAGUCAUCCAGCUCAAUACAAUGUAGCACGUUUAUAUUUUACCUCUGUGUGUGUGUGUGUAUGUGUGUGUGUGUGUGUGUGUAUGUGUGUGUGUGUGGAGAUUCACAUGCGUAUGACUUUGUAAAAUGGAGGAUGCAUCAAUCCCGUACUAAUCUGCUAUACACAUGAACACUGGAUCGGAUCAGAUUGGAUUUGACUCGUUUGCAGCGAGUUCGCUUAAUGUCAAUAUUGCAGUUAAAAACAAGACGAAACUAAGAAAGACGCAGUUUAUAGCUAUUCGUCUCCUCAGACUCGGAAAUCGGUCGUUUCUAUGGCAACACGUACAACACCAAAGACGGCUCCGUUCCCAGCUGCGACGUCACCGGUGGAAUUUCAGUAAUUAGAUUUAUAGUGUUUCAUUCAGAGCUGUCGAAGGAAAUCAUUCAGAAAUGAAUCGUCUCUGAGAAGCCAAACUACACUAUUUAUUACGAGAUCAAUACAACAAAGUCUGAUCGACGUGUAAAGACCUAAAUCCUGAAAUUACACUUGAGAGACAAGAAGCAGGAGUCUCUUAGUGACGUGCAAAAUCACCACAAGGUUCAAGUUUUAAGCACAUUAGGAACAUAACAAGCAUCGUAUCUUCUUUCUUUCUAAAAUUUCCACCCAGAGAAUCAGUUUGAAAUUGUAUUUGGAGUCAAGCUGGAAGUUUAUACUUAUUAUUGAAACAACGUCCUAUAAGAAACAUUUUAAAAUGUGAUUAACUAAUAACUAAUAGCGCUGUUUGAUCUGUACUUCUGAUGGCAAGUGUUCAGAAGGUGUUGAUUCAUUUUUUAUAACAUCAGCUCCAAAUCACAUGUUUAUAUUAAUGUGCUCGUUCUAAUACGUUACCGUUUCUAUAGUAACAGCUCAUUCACAGGGACGUAGUGCGGAAACGGAUUGGAAAAAUUUUUUUUUUUUGUCUUAACUUCAAGAGACAGAAAAAAGGAGCGUCUGGUGAGGGAACAACUGUUUAUCGCUGCUAUAACGUAUUUUGUAGAUGUUCCACAACAGUAAUUGCAACUAUAAAUGGAUAAAAAAAAGUAUGAUUUGUCAUUCUUUAAUAAAUAAAUUGUAAUUUUGUAAUUGUUGACAAACUGCUGUGGUAUAAAAGGAAUAAAACGCAUUAGGAGGUGCAGUUAUAGGAAAAUACGCAGUAACAGGGGUUGAUUAUUUUCCUGUAACAGCAUGUCCUGAAGUGUUUUAUUCCUUACUUUACUGUGAUAUCAGUAUAUGGGAUUGGUGCAUCUGUGUGUGUGUGUGUGUGUGUGUGUGUGUGUGUGUGUUUUCAUUCCUCCCAUGACAUCUGUCACACACACUUUCAGUAAUCUCACCCGUUCUGAAGAAGCCUCUGCCCCAGUGCGCCUGAGUUAACACUUUAGAAUAAAAAAUAAUACAGGCUCGCUCUUACUAAAGCAUCACUGUGCAACAAUUAACGUUUUCAGUGAAUUAUCUAGAACGUUCUCUUUCUGAAAUAUUACACACCAACCCACUGUCCCUGUGAGUGACUUCUCACUGAGCCUGAUUUGUGUUAAGAGAUUUAAAGACCUGGGAUUUGAACUCUGUGCUGCAAACCCGCAUUAACACUACACUACACUACACUACACGAGAAACAGAGCGUGUGUGUGGGUGUGGGUGUGGGUGUGUUUACUCUCAGUGCUGAAGUAUUAACACUAUGCUACGCUACAGCCGAGCUGAACGUCUCCUCUCCACGCAGGAGAGAGAGGUGAAAGUGUCGGGGUCCAAAAAUGUAAUUUUUUUUUUUAAUAUGCAAAACUUUAUAUAUUUGUAUUCAGAAACGCAAAUUCUCAUUGUGUAAGACUGUGUGAGUGUUGGAUAUGUUUUUUUUUUAAUAAUCUGGUGCGGAAUUGAUUCAUGUUAAUAUCGUGAUUGAAAUUAAUCUGUUAUCUUGUUAAAAAAAAAAAAAAGACAUUUAUUUUGUUUGAAAAUUUGUCCAUAUGUUAAUAAAGUUAU